AUGUCUUCUUCUACUUCCACAGUGACAACUAUCACUUCAAUUACAGUUGAUGAUGUUCGAUUUCCAACAUCUAAACAGCUCGAUGGAAGUGAUGCCAUGUCUCCUGAUCCAGAUUAUUCUUCCGCAUACUUGAUUCUUCACACAGACAAUCCAUUACUUGAAGGUCAUGGUCAUUCAUUUACCAUUGGCCGAGGCACAGAAAUCAUUUGUGUUGCUAUCAAAGCUCACGCUCAUCUCAUCGUUGGUCGAACACUUGAAGAAUUCAUCUCGAAUCCAGGUGUAUUUUGGCGACAUUUGACAAGUGAUUCACAGCUUCGAUGGAUUGGACCAGAAAAAGGUGCCAUUCAUUUAGCAUUAGGUGCGAUUGUCAAUGCUCUAUGGGAUUUGUAUGCAAAACGCGAAGGCAAACCAUUGUGGAGACUGAUUGCUGAUUUCACACCUGAACAGUUUCUUCAAUGCAUUGACUUUCGAUACAUCACCGAUGCACUUCGACCUGAAGAAGCACUGGAAAUGCUCAAGAAACUCGAAUCAACAAAAGCCGAACGCAUUAAACAACUGGAAGAACAAGGUUAUCCAGCAUAUACAACAUCCGCUGGUUGGCUCGGUUAUUCAGAUGACAAAAUUCGUCGAUUAUGUCGUGAAGCAUUGCAAGAAGGUUUCACACAUCUCAAAAUAAAAGUUGGUCGUGAUCUUCAAGAUGAUAUUCGACGAAUCAAAAUCAUUCGCGAAGAAAUUGGUUAUGAACGACGUGUCAUGGUUGAUGCCAAUCAAGUUUGGGAUGUUGAUCAAGCUAUCGAAUGGAUGAAACAUCUAGUUGAAUUUCAACCUUAUUGGAUUGAAGAACCAACAUCACCUGAUGAUAUUCUUGGUCAUGCUAAAAUCUCUCAAGCACUUCGAUCAUACAACAUAGGUGUUGCAACAGGUGAACAUGGAAUGAAUCGAACUUUAUUCAAACAAAUGUUACAAGCAAAUGCUUUACAGUUUUGUCAGAUUGAUUCCUGUCGUUUAGGUGGUGUAAAUGAAGUAUUAGCUGUUCUUUUAUUAGCUGCCAAGUUUGGUGUUCCUGUUUGUCCACAUGCUGGUGGUGUUGGUCUAUGUGAAUUAGUUCAACAUUUAUCAAUGAUUGACUUUAUCGUAGUAAGUGGAACAUGGGAAAAUCGAAUCACUGAAUUUGUUGAUCAUUUACAUGAACAUUUUGUUGAUCCAUGUCGAAUUGAGAAUGGUCGAUAUGUUGCACCAAGUAAAGCAGGUUAUAGUACGGAAAUGAAGGAAGAAAGUCGAAAAGAAUAUUCAUUUCCGAAUGGAUCAAUGUGGAAAACCAAUCCAUAG